AUACUCAAAAAGGAACGGAACGGAUUGAUUGUUGGUCAGAGUUGACAUAUUAUUAUUUAUUUAUUUUUGAUCUCGUUUUGUGUGUUUGUUUUACAAUGAAGCAAAACUAGAAUUAAGAAAACAAAUACAGUUGAAACAAACAACCUGGUGAUAAACCUAUUAAUCAUGUCGCUUUUUUAAUUAAAUAUAAACAUGAGCAGUGAAAAAAUGACCUUGCAAUCAGACGAAGAUGCAGUUUAUGGCUUAAAACAUGAAUCAAAUGAAGAAAACUUAGUUUUCCAGUAUAUCUCGUCAAACAAUUACAAUGUUCAGAAUAUAUGUAGAUUAUGUUUAAGUGUAAAAUCAAGCAGCAACAUGGUAUCUUUGUUACCUCAGGACAGUGGCUCACUGGCCGAACAACUCUUCUCUCUUACUUCUAUCAAUGUACUGGAUAACUCCAACCUACCCUAUCACAUAUGCCCAGAAUGUAAUGAUCAGUUAACCAAAAGUUACAAUUUCAAACUAAGGAGCCAACAGUCUGACUGCACCCUCAAAUCAUUGUUUCAAAGCAAUAUUGUGAAGAAUGAAUCAGAAGAAAGUAAUCAUUUAGGGCAUCUUGGCAGCAGCUUUGAUGAUAAUGUGGAAAGCUACAGUGAAUCUACAGUACUAGAUAUCACAUAUGAACCUCAAAAUGAUCCACAGCAAAUUGUUCAGAAGAAAAGAAACAGUAUUAAGAAAAAUACAGCAAAAUCAGUACAAGACUCAAAGAGGAAUGUAAAAAUUAAAAAGGAUGUCAAAACUUGCACCUGUAUGGAGUGUUUUCAGUCAUUUCCAAAUAUGAAAUCUCUGCAAGUCCACAAACAAAUUAACCAUUCCGACGAGAAAUCAAUCAAGUGCAAUAAAUGUAAGGACACAUUUCUCUCAGAGAAGGACUACCAGAUGCACCUGGUGUUGCAUUCCAAAACCAAAAACUUUGCAUGCUCUGAGUGCAAAAAGGAUUUUAAAACCCGGUCGCAGUUGAAGCGACACUUGCGUCGGCACAUGGAGGUGAAGCAGCACGAGUGUGACGUGUGCAAGAAGAGAUUCAGCGAGCAGUACGCACUGCAGCGACACUACCGCGUGCACACGGGAGAGGCUUUGGAGAAAAAGCACAAGUGUGAAGUGUGCGAUAAAAGAUUCUCCUCAACCUCCACUCUCCUAGCCCACGCCCACACGCAUUCGGGCGCGCGGCCCUACGUCUGCGCCUGCGGGGCCGCCUUCCCCUCGCGCCGGCUGCUGCGCUCGCACGCCGCCGUCCACUCGCCGGAACUGCCGCACCAGUGCACCGUGUGCCAGCGACGAUUCCGCCACGCGUCCACCCUUACUGCGCACUUGCGCACGCACUCGGGCGAUCGGCCGUACGUGUGCGCGGCGUGCGGCCGCCGCUUCCUGCAGAGCUCCAACCUCACGCAGCACAUGCGGACCCACUCCGGUGAGAAGCCCUACGCCUGCUCGGUCUGCCAUCGCUCGUUCAGCUCGAGCUCGUCGCUGCGCUCGCACGCGCGCACGCACACCGGCGAGAAGCCGUACGGCUGCCCCGUGUGCGGGAAGAGGUUCGCCCGCUGCGACAUGACAUCACACAUGCGGCGGCACACGGGCUCACGACCACACGCGUGCGCGGCGUGCGCGCGACGCUUCUACACCGCGGCCCGGCUGAGGGAACAUACUAAUGUUAUGCACUCGGGAGAGAAGCCGUUCGAAUGCGCAAUAUGCGAAGAGAAAUUCGCUACAAAAUCCCAUCUCGUCAAGCACAUCAAGUCGCACGACAAAAAGAGUAAACGGAAGAAGCAAAUUAACAAGAACAUAUUACUCGUCACUAACGAAACGCCAUACACUGUCCAACUACUGACGGAAAACCUUCUUAUUAGCGACAAAAGCAAUGUAGCAGAAGAGGUAGUGAUCUCACAACAAGAAGAUAUCUCCAACAGUGAUAUGACAGUAGCACUGGGCAAUAUGGAGGUGGAACAAAUGCCUGAGGAAUGCCAAGCGAACGAAGCGAUAAUAGUGGACGGUCUGCAAAACAACUGCCAAGAAACUUAUUGCGUAUCAGAAAACGGUAUGAUUCAAACCUUAGAUUUAAGUAAUGUUAAUUUGGUGACGGUGAAUGGAGGGGAGAUCAGUAUUGAUGCCACGCAAGGAGUGUUGGAGGAGGGGACGGUCAAGUUGUACCAAGUUGAUCAAAGUUUACUCCAAAUAAGCACUUGUAAUGGACAAGUUACCAUUAGCAAGAUUACCAGCAAAAUGACGGCUAAUUUUGAAUAAGAUUUUAUUGUGGAAUUGCACGGUUAUUCAUUAGAAAUAUUUUACCUAUCUAGUAUAAUUUUACUGUUGUUAAACUGCAUGUAAGUUCACCAAAAAAUACAUUAAAAAUGAUAGUUCAAAUUCAAUAAUUUACAAUUUUAUUCAACUUAAACAAAAAUAUCUUUGUGUAAUUCUAAGCACUAGAUGUAACAGAAAAAUAAAUGCAUAUUUUAACAAAUUUAGAA